AUGCGGCGGCCGAACCGGAUGGAGGCGGAGUUGAGGCGAUGCGACAGCGAGAUGAUGCAGCGUGGCAGGAGCCCGAGGGACGGAAGCCAAAGCUGCAGUCAGAAGCGGUCGCGCAUCGAAGGAGUCCACCAGGAGCCUAUUGAAGAAAGUGCUGUCAACUUAUGGAACUGGACUGUGAUGAGGAAAAUGGGCCCCACUAUCAGUGAUCUGCAAAGAAUUAAGUUGCGCCAUAUUGCCUGCAAACUGAUGAUGUUUUGUGAAGUAAGCGAUCCACCUGAGGAGAUGGUGCGGAGGCAAAUUUUGAUGGCCAUGAAGACCGGAAAGGGGUGGGUAGAUGUAGGAAACCUUACCCUUGCUAAUGAAUUUCUUGAGAUUGCCAUGAAUAGUCUGGAGAAGUUGUACGCUCAGCUAACCAAAAGAAGCACCAGUGAAGCAGAUACUCAUAUACACAAAGCUGAUGUCGAAAAAGAUGUAUUCAGAGUUCUCUCUUAUCAGGCUGAAUCUGCAGUGGCUGAAGGAGAUUUUCAGAAAGCAGUCACAUGUGUGCAGCGCUGCAAGGACAUUCUGAUGAGGCUGCCCAAAGAGAGCUGUUACCUGUCCCUCCUGUGCUAUAACUUUGGAGUGGAAACUUACGAAUUGAAGGGAUAUGAACAGAGUUCGUUUUGGCUCAGCCAGAGCUAUGAAAUUGGGAAGAUGGAUAAAACAUAUUCACCUGGACAAGAAAUGCUGGCCAGAGUGCUGCGGUUACUAGCUACUGUCUAUUUGGAGUGGGACUAUAAAGAGUAUCAAGACAAAGCUAUCAGGGCUAUCACCAUGGCUAAUGAGGAGAAUUUGCAUCCCGCCGGUGAUUCAAUUAACUUCACUGAUUCCUCCUGUCCAGCUGUUACUGAACUCCUGCACCAUAAGUUUUCUCUGGAUAUCUUCCUGGACACAACAAAGCUUCUUCUGGAGCAUGAGAGAGAGGCCAUUGGUUUCAACUUUCUUAAGUCAGUCACUCAGCUGUUUGAAGGAUCCCCAGAUGUUGGCAAAGCCAUUCUUCUUCACAUCGAACUCUUAUUACAGAGAAUGAAAGAACCACUUGCCAAGAAAAUGAUUGAAGACAUCACUGCAAGUCACAAUACAAGAAAACAGCUGACCCCUGAAAUACUGAACCAUUUGCACCAUGUUCUAUGGGACAGAGCUGCCAAGAACUAUGAGAUGAAAAGGUACUCUGAGGCCCUGUCAUGGUACAAGUACUCCCUCAGCUUCUAUUCCACUGGGCAGAUAGAUCAGAAUCUGGCAAAGCUGCAAAGGAAUAUGGCUGCUUGCUAUCUUCAUCUGGAGCAGUUUGAAAAGGCUCAUGAGUCAGUGAAGGAGGCAGAGAGGUGUGACCCAAAUAGCAUCUUUACUCAGUUCUAUGUGUAUAAAAUAGCAGUCUUAGAGAAGAAGUCACAGAAAGCUUUUGAUGCCAUUGUAGCGAUGGGGAAGUCAGCAGUGCAGCUGGAUACACUAUUAACAGAUGGCGUCAUGGCUACCAGCCUUCUAAGUUUAACAGCCCAGAUUGCCUUGGAGAAUGAGCAACAGUCUGUGGCUAUUAAAGCCUUGGAGUUGUUAUCUCAGCUCCUGCAAGACAAUCAGCAAGCACUUACUGCUUUAAAAUGUUUGAUUCGACUUGUGUUGUCCAAGAUCACAGUGAAAUCUCAGGAGGAGAUAACGAACGAUAUGGAAACCCUUCUGACAUAUUUGACUGCAGCUCUCCAGAGACUUGACGCACCAAUUAGAGAAGAAAGCAAGACACUGGACACAGGAGUCAGUGAAGCUCACUGGUUCAGGAAGAUAGCUUGGAACUUGGCUGUCCAAUGUGAGAAUUGCCCAAGAGCUAUGAGAGAUUUCUUUGUAAUCUCAUUCAAGUUCUCCCAGUUCUGUCCACCUGAUAAAGCUGUCCUGCUUGCCCAGAGAACCUGCCUGCUCAUGGCUGCUGCCGUUGAUCUGGACAUGGGCCGCAACAAUUUGUUGCCUACAGAUCAGCAGACUGAAUUGCUAACUCAGGCUCUUAAACACAUCCAGUCGUGCAGGGAGAUCUGGAAGGUUCUGAAGCAAACAGGUGAUUUCCCCAAAGAUCGAACAGACACACUGCUGCUGCUUUAUGAAUUUGAAGCCCGAGCCAAGCUGAAUGAUCUGUCAAUAGGCAGCUUGCUGGAUAAGGUUUGGGAGCUUCCAGAAGUAGAUAUCAAGACAUUAGAAACCAUUGCAUCACUGGCCAUGGAGUCACCUGCUCACUAUCCCUCCGUGUGUAAAAGGGCCCUUAAGAUGGUUUUGACUCUUCUCAGGAAACAGGAACCCACUGAUAUAGUCACAUUCAGCAAAUGUCUGCACAGCUUGGUCUGCCUUUCACUUCCGUCGGGCAUAACAGAAGCAGAUACAUACGUGCUGGAGGAGGCAUGGGGCUACUUUGAAGAUGCUCUGAGGAUUCUGGGCAAUACAGUGUUACAGGCCUCCUACCCACAGGUAGAGAUCAUCUGGCUCAUGACUAGAGCUUGGAACACAGGAAUAUACCAGUACAGCACUGGCAGAUACAAAGAAGCAGAGCAGUGGUGUGGCCUAGGAAUGCGCUUCCUGGGGCAUCUGGGAACCCUGAAGAGCAGCUAUGAGAGCCAGAUGACUGGCCUUUACAGUGAGGUACUGGACAAGCUAGACAACACAAAGAGAUUCCUUCCAAAGGAGGAGUAA